AUGCCAACAAGAAGGAAACACUUUGACUCGUCAUGUUACUUAAUUGAAUCCACAAACAAAACCUGGUCAGAUGCACAGAGUUUCUGUCAACACACCCACCAUGCCUACCUAGCCGAACUGGAAACUGUUGAUGAGAAUAAAUAUUUGCUGGGUCUUCUUCUAUCUAUGCCAUCCAGUAACAAACAUAAUUUUUGGCUUGGUGCAAAUGAUAUUAAUGCAGAAGGCAAGUUUUUCUGGAGCACUAGUAAUCAUGAAUUUGAUAUAACUGAUUGGGGGCCACAUGAACCAAAUGGAGGCAAAGGAGAAAAUUGUCUCGAUACUCUAUUGGUGGAUCUGGAGGAUCAAAUGUAA